AUGGCUACCCGUUGGAAAGCCUUGCCCCACCUUCUCGAGAAGCGUCGUCAAGCGGCGGCGGCAUCAAGCCCUAUCAUCGAUGACUGGGAGAAUGAGGACCUCAAUGACGACGAACAAGGGGCGCGAGAGGCGGCCACCCAGCAGCAAGGGGAUUUGGCUGUGAAGGGCAAUGAUGAAGAUGAGGAGGAUGAAGACUUCCCACGACUGGGCAAUGAGCCAGCUCAGGCAUCUGGAAGUGGUACCAAGAGACCCCCAACCCUCCUCGCAAGACCACAAACAGGCUCGUCUCCCCUUCCGAGCAUCAGCAGGCCGCCGCCAAAUCAAUCGCCAGCUCCCUCGAUCCUCCUCUCCUCUGCGUCCCGCACCCUUCCCCAAUCGGUUCUUCCACCCUCUACAAGCGGGUACGGCUCUGCUCCUCAGAUCCUGCGACGCAAUGCUAAUGGGCAGGAACAGGCCCAAUCAAGGAAGGCGACACCGCCGAGCGGCGAAGGUGCGGCCAGAAAGACGCUGGCGCAGAGGGAGAAGGAGUACGAGGAGGCGAGGAGGAGGAUAUUCGGUGACGAUGCCACGGCUGAGAGGGCAAGUACGGCGCCGAGUGGGAAGACGCCAGGAUCGCGGUCGGGUUCGAGAAGCGGGAGUGCGAGCGCAAAUGCAAGCGGAGAUGAGGGAUCGGCGAGAGGGCAGCAGCAGCAGCAGCGACGAGGAAAGGGAGGAGGUGGGCAGCGAAGAGGAGGCGGACAAAGAGGAACCCCUCCUCCGGCGCCGCCUUCAGCGAGCGUAGUGACGCAAGGAGCUCGGUGA